AUGAGAUACACAGAGAAAAUAUAGAAAUGUUAUAAUUUGUAGUAGUUCUUACUAAUUUAGGUUAAAUUUAAAUUGCAAAAAUUAGAAACAAAUAAGAUUAGGAUUUAAAAAAAGGUGAGAUGGAAGCUUUUUCAUUAUCAGCUGAAUACGAAGAAAUAAUGAAGCAAAGAAAGGAAUAUUGGGAUUCAUUAUUUCAAAAAUUUGCGUCUGUAACUGAAGAAGAAGACUAUUCAAUAAAUGAUAUAGUUAAUAAUUCCUCUUUUGAGAAAAGAAUGAACAGUCUUCUUGAAAAGGAAAAAGCGAAUAACUUACCGUUUUCAUCACUUAUGCAACAGAAAAGGUUAAUUUCCAGAAUUUCUCUGAAAGCAAACUUGAAAACAAAUGCUAAACUAUACAAGGGAAUAUUAUCAAGCCAUAAUUCAUUAAGUCGGUACAGUUUAAGACAAAAUAAUUCUUCACAAAGUCAACUAAGACAAACUGACAAUUAUGCAGAGAGCAUAAGUAACUCAGUUCAUACAAAUAAGACUAAAUGUAAAAAAAAUAAACCUGAAGAAAUAUUUACAUUAGAAAAUGGUAAAACAUACAGAGAACAUAAUUUGGACAUGGGAAUUAAUCAUAUGAACGUUAUAUAUGAUUUUUUUCUAAAAAACUAUAAUGAGAAUAUUGACUUUGCUACAUUUUCAUGGGUAAAAAAUAUCAUAGAAGAAGACUCCAGUGGAGCUAUUGAGGAAUCAUUAAAAGAUAGGGAAUUUACUAUUAAUAAAAUAGUAGCACUCUCCAAAGUGCUUCCUAAAGAUGAGGUCUUAAAGUACUUUAGGUUUUACCUGCAAUAUGUAAAAUUAUAUCAAUAUGUCUGUAACAAGAACAUUGACUUUGCUACAUUUUUAUGGGUAAAAAAUAUUAUAGAAGAUAAUUGCAAUAGAGCUAUUGAAGAAUCAUUAAAAGACAAAGGAUUUACUAGAAAUAAAAUAAUAACACUUGUUAAACUGCUUCCUAAAGAUGAUGUCCUAAAGUACUUCAGAUUUUACCUGCAAUAUAUUAAAUUACAUCAGUAUGGAAUCGUUGAAUGCUAAUAUUCUUCAAGGCUAUUCUGUGAAUGUUAGGUACAAGUAACAAAAUACGUAAAUGUUAACAUGUACCACUAUGUCCGAAGAGAGGGAAACACGUCGCUAGUACAAGUUGUCGUCUAAUAAACUUUUUCUCUGCUUUUGAUGUAUCUCUGAAAAGUAAAAAUUUAUUUUUUUUUAUUUUUCGAUUAAAUAUUUUUAUUCAUACAAAUCUUUACACACUGUUAGUACUACACGAGAUUAAUUUUGCUUAUAUUGUGUGUUCUAUGAAAUGUGCCCAUUCAAAUCAAUUAUUUUUUUGUGAAUGAUAUUUUGAUUUAUAAAUUGCCAACUUAGCAAGAUGAAUGUAUAGUACUAUUAGCAUAGCUUAAAUGAAUUGUAAAAUUGUUUCCGAUAUUAUUUAAUCUUGAAUUAGAAUGUACAUACGUAGUAAAAAUGGAAUUUUUAGUAGUAGUAGUAUUUAGUGAACAAAAGGUAUACAUUAACAAAAAAUUAUCACAUAAA